CCCUUACCGACGCCACUUCCGCUGAGGCCAGUACUUCCGCCCUUACCAAGGAGUCCGUAAAUCCAGCACUUCCGCCCUCACGCAAGCCCUACUUUCCAACAGUCCUGGGCUUCCGCGGUUACCCUCAGCCGGCCAGAGUCUGCACAAGGCCGGCUUCGGGCGCUAAUAGGUGUCCGCCGUCUGCACCGCAGCCUGGGAUCUGUGGGCCGGUUUGGACACCCGACUCCAGCCAGGAGGCCCGCCCUGAGGUCACAGGCCGCAGCAAUCAACCCGCAAGUCCCGAUGGGCCCGGCGGGGGACACGGCGAGGCCCGGCCGCUUCUUCGGCGUCUACCUGCUCUACUGCCUGAACCCUCGGCACCGGGGCCGCGUCUACGUGGGCUUCACCGUCAACCCUGCUCGUCGGGUCCAGCAGCACAACGGGGGCCGCAAAAAAGGCGGGGCCUGGCGGACCAGCGGUCGCGGGCCCUGGGAGAUGGUGCUUCUCGUGCACGGCUUCCCUUCCGCCGUGGCCGCCCUUCGGUUCGAGUGGGCCUGGCAGCACCCGCACGCCUCGCGCCGCCUGACGCACGUGGGUCCGCGCCUGCGCAGCGAGGCGGCCUUCGCUUUCCACCUGCGCGUGCUGGCGCACAUGCUGCGCGCGCCGCCCUGGGCGCGCCUGCCGCUCACCGUGCGCUGGCUGCGCGCCGACCUCCGCCGGGAGCUGUGCCCGCCGCCGCCGCCGCACAUGCCGCUGGCCUUCGGGCCUCCGCCGGCCCGGGCCUCCGCCGCGAGGAGCCGCGCGGGUCCCUUCGCUGAGCUGGAGUCAGGGCCGCACCGGGACGCCGCGGCUUUCUGCGCCCUGUGCGCGCGCGCCUUCCAGGAAGAGGAGGGCCCCCUGUGCUGCCCCCACCCUGGCUGCUGCCUCAGAGCCCACAUGAUCUGCCUGGCAGAGGAGUUCUUGCGAGAGGAGCCAGAGGAGCUUCUGCCUCUGGAGGGCCAGUGCCCAGGCUGUAAGAACUCACUGCUGUGGGGAGACCUGAUCUGGCUGUGCCAGGUGGGCACCGAGGAGGAAGAGGAGGACUUGGAAUUAGAAGAGGAACACUGGACAGACAUGCUGGAGACCUGAUCCUCGGCGCCCCCUAACCCUCUGCCCACUCCUUGUCCGUCUGGGUACUUUUUACUUGAGUACAAUAAAGAGUCUGAGUUAA